AAGCAGGAUACUAGAGGUCGCCAUGGUGGCUCUUACUACGGUGUGUUUUAUUAUACAAUAUCCUGUGUCGAUUCACAACGGCGCCAGUUUCGUCACUCUGCUUUGUUGUACUGCGCUUGUUCAAUGUGCUUUGUAUUCCAAAGCUGCUGCGGGUGUGGGGGUUAUUGUAUUGUAUCUGACUUAUUAACACAUUGGACUUUGUUUUCUUUUUUAAAAUCGGAAUGUUUUACAAAGUGACGGUUUGUAUGUGAAACGGAAGUCUUGAGAUAGACUGAACAAAAGAGGCAACAGCAACUACACCGAUGCAGAGCGAUAUACAGCGAGAGAGUGAGAACGGAUCAGCCUUGCUCAAAGGAAGUUUCUGAGAUGGAAGCAGCUCACAUCAGCCCAGAGCUUCCUAUUCGAUGGGUUGUUUCUGCAGACAGGACUGUUGAGAUCAAGGAGGAAGUGACUGAGCUGGGGUGUGACCAGAACAAUGAGCGGAUCCUGCAAGAGGAAACACCACCUUCUAGCAUCACUGAGAGAGAUGCCAAAGAGAGCCAUGCUGUCCCUGAAUCUGGGUCACAGGAGGGGCCAAGGAUAGAAGCAGUUUACACACUACAGGAGUCAUUUGAUCAGGAGUGGUGUGCAAGUCUAAAGCAGGUUACAGAGCUGACAUGUGUUAAAGAUGAAGAGGUCCCUCGACUGGAAUGUGUUCCUAUUAAAGAGGAAUUCAUAGAACAGGAAUGUGUCCCCAUCGCAGAGGAAGUUCCUACUGAAAAUAAUGUCUAUACUCUUGAGGAGAACAACAAGCUGGGAUCCAGCCUGUGUGAUGAUUGUCCACCUGAAUAUGAACUGGGAUUUAGAGCUGCUAAAGGAAAUCUCACAGGAGGGACCCCAUUUCCCUGUGCUGAUUGUGGGAAGAGUUUCAGUCAUUUAUCACAGCUUAAAAUCCACCAGCGGGUUCACACAGGAGAAAAACCUUAUCCCUGCAUUGAGUGUGGGAAAAGAUUCAGUCGUUUUUCAGACCUUAAAAGACACCAACGGGUUCACACAGGAGAUAAACCACAUCCCUGCACUGAGUGUGAGAAGAGAUUCAGUCGUUUAUCAGACCUUAAAAGACACCAACGAAUUCACACAGGAGAGAAACAUCAACACUGCACUGAGUGUGGGAAGAGAUUAGGUUCUUUAUCACAGUUUACAAUCCACCAGCGCAUUCACACAGGAGAGAAACCUCAUCACUGUACUAAGUGUGGGAAGAGUUUCAGUCAUUUAUCACAGCUUAAAAUCCACCGGCGUGUUCACACAGGAGAGAAACCUUAUAACUGCACAGAGUGUGGGAAGUGUUUCACUCGUUUGUCAGACCUUAAAAGACACCAGCGGGUUCACACAGGAGAGAAACCUUAUCACUGCACUGAGUGUGGGAAGAGUUUCACGAGAUUAGCAAGUCUUCAAUCACACCAGCACAUUCACACAGGAGAGAAACCUUAUCACUGUACCGAGUGUGGCAAGAGUUUCACGCGAUUGGCAAGUCUUCAAUCACACCAGCGCAUUCACACAGGAUAGAAACCUUAUCACUGUGCUGAAUGUGGCAAGAGUUUCACAUAUUUAAAUUCCUUGAAAAUACACCAGCUGACUCACCAAAAUGCGAAAUCUUAUCAAUGUAGUGAAUGUCUGAAGAGUUUCAGUCACUUACCAAACCUUAAAAAACACCAUGAAAUUUACACAAGAGUGGAGCCCUAUCCCUGCAUUUAAUGUGGGAAGAAGUUCAGUCAGUUACUGGGUCUUGAAGGACACAAGAGAAUCCACAGAAUUUUAGACACUUGAGGACACAUUGAAACCAGGAAUAAAUCUGACUAAAAUACAGAGAUAUUUACUGAAAAGAAAAUAAUAAAGUUGCUUGAUAAAUAGGGUUAUUCCUAAUCACUUCAGAUCAAAAAUGUACACUCACGGAUUGAAAAUAUGAACGACUACAUCUUGUUUGGACCAUUGAUCAUCUUCUUGACCAUACUGUUUUUGUUACGACACAUUAGUAGUCUAUGAAAUACAUUGUAAUUGUGUGAGCAAGAUUCCACUUUUCUCACUUGCAUUGCUGAGUCUCUUCAAGAACAUUAAGAACAUAAGAACGUUUACAAACGAGAGGAGGCUAUUUGACCCAUUUUGCUAAUUUGGUUGUUAGUAGCUUAUUGAUCCUCACCAAACAGCUUCUUGAAGGAUCCCAGGGUGUCAGCUUCAACAACAUUACUGGGGAGUUGGUUCCAGACCCUCACAAUUCUCUGUGUAAAAAAGUGCCUCCUAUUUUCUGUUCUGAAUGCCCCUUUAUCUAAUCUCCAUUUGUGACCCCUGGUCCUUGUUUCUUUUUUCAGGUUGACAUUGUCCAUACCUUUUAGGAAUUUGAAUGCUUGAAUCAGAUCACCGUGUAAUCUUCUUUGUUCAAGACUGAAUAUAUUCAAUUCUUUUAGCCUGUCUGCAUACGACAUGCCUUUUAAGCCUGGGAUAAUUCUGGUUGCUCUUCUUUGCACUCUUUCUAGAGCAGCAAUAUCCUUUUUGUAACGAGGUGACCAGAACUGAACACAAUAUUUUAGGUGAGGUCUUACUAAUGCAUUGUAAAGUUUUAACAUUACUUCCCUUGAUUUCAAUUCAACACUUCUCACAAUAUAUCCGAGCAUCUUGUUGGCCUUUUUUAUAGCUUCCCCACAUUGUCUAGAUGAAGACAUUUCUGAGUCAACAUAAACUCCUAGGUCUUUUUCAUAGUUCCCUUCUUCAAUUUCAGCAUCUCCCAUAUGAUAUUUAUAAUGCACAUUUUUAUUGCCUACAUGCAAUACUUUACAUUGUUCUCUAUUAAAUUUUAUUUGCCAUGUGUCUGCCCAGUUCUGAAUGCUGUCUAGAUCAUUUUGAAUGACCUUUGCUGCUGCAACAGUGUUUGCCACUCCUCCUAUUUUUGUGUCGUCUGCAAAUUUAAGGAGUUUGCUUACUAUACCAGAAUCUAAAUCAUUAAUGUAGAUUAGGAAUAGCAGAGGACCUAAUACUGAUCCCUGUGGUACACCACUGGUUACCUUGCUCCAUUUUGAGGAUUCUCCUCUAAUAAGUACUUUCUGUUUUCUACAUGUUAACCACUCCCUAAUCCAUGUGCAUGCAUUUCCUUGAAUCCCUACUGCGUUCAGUUUGAGAAUUAAUCUUUUAUGCGGGACUUUGUCAAAAGCUUUCUGGAAAUCUAAAUAAACCAUGUCGUAUGCUUUGCAAUUAUCCAUUUUCAAUGUUGCAUCCGCAAAAAAGUUAAGUAGGUUAGUUAGACACAAUCUCCCUUUCCUAAAACCAUGCUGACUGU